CAGCAAGGCCAGUCACUCAUUGCAUGGUGACUGUUCACCAUCACAUCUCCCAGCCAAACACUUACUGAACUUCCUCAAAGCGUCCAUCGCUGCUCUAAACCUCUGCCAUGCAUGAACUCUCCCCCUACCUGAUUCAAAACCAGUGACGCGAGAUCUACCCCUUCCCAGCAUCAUGGCACAAGAUCAAACCCCGGAAGGGGUCUUCUCCUUCCUUGACACUGAUCUGUACAAGCUGACCAUGCAAUGUGCGGUCCUCAAGUACUUUCCCUCUGUUAAGGUGGAAUACAAAUUCACCAACCGAACGCCCCAAAUGCGCCUGAACAAAACCGCAUUCAAUUGGUUAAAGACACAAAUCGAAAAGCUAGGCAACAUUAGACUGACGCAGCAAGAGUUGGAGUUUCUGAGGUCCAGCUGUCCCUUCCUCCGCGAUGACUACCUCAAUUAUCUGCAAUUCUUUAGACUCAGGCCCGCAGAGCAGAUCAAGCUCACCUUUCAACCCGUCGAUGAAGAAUUUGGGGAUCUGGACGUUGUGAUCACAGGGCUUUGGGUAGAGACAAUUCUGUAUGAGAUUCCUAUACUUGCCUUGACCAGUGAGGCAUAUUUUCGCUUUGUUGAGACCGAUUGGGAUCAUCAAGGACAAGAAGAGAAAGCGUAUCAAAAGGGGGUUCGUCUGCUGCAAGGAGGCUGCCUGGUCUCUGAGUUUGGGUCUCGCAGACGCAGAGACUUUCACACCCAGGACUUGGUCGUACAAGGAUUGGUCAGAUCUUCCAAGGAAAAAGAUCUGCCUGGUAAGCUGACUGGCACGAGCAAUGUCUACUUCGCAAUGAAGCAUCGAAUUGCCCCCGUUGGGACGGUCGCCCACGAGUGGUUCAUGGGCAUAGCUGCACUCACCGGUGACUAUGAAAAUGCAAACCUGAAAGGACUCCAUUACUGGCUUGAGUGUUAUGGUGCAGGGGUCCUGGGCAUCGCAUUGACAGACACAUUUGGGACGUCAGACUUUUUCAAAGCGUUCAACAAACCCAUCCCAACCACAACUUCUGCCUCGGGUGAGCUCAUAAGUGAUCAUGUGGAAUCUUCAGAUGGAUCCAAAGGGUCCACUUUUGCAGAAGUCUUUACCGGCAUCCGACAAGACUCGGGCGAUCCCAAAGAUUAUGUGAAGCAGGCGAGUGAAUUUUAUGACUCCGUAGGCAUCAAGGGAAAGACGAUAGUGUUUUCCGACGCACUGGAUGUGGAGAAAUGUCUGGAAUACAAGCAGGUGGCAGAGUCUUAUGGCUUCAAGGCAUCUUUCGGAGUGGGCACCUUCUUCACCAAUGAUUUCACGCUCAAGUCAGAUGGCCAGACCAAAUCCAAGCCGUUGAAUAUUGUCAUCAAACUGUCCGAGGCCGGUGGCAAACCUGCCAUCAAGAUAUCAGACAACAUUGGCAAAAAUACAGGUCAUGCAGAGACAGUCGAGGAAGUCAAAAAACGACUCGGAUACACGGAGAAACAAUGGGGUGACGGCAAUGAAGCACAACGAUGGUAAAGCGAGGAAGGAAAUGUCGCAGCCUUGUGGCAGCAGGUCAACCUGAAGUGGGCGCUACCGAAUGAGUGUCAGUUGGUGAAUGUGGAGACUCGAGUGGGCGACAUCAACUGUGGCUGUGAAUGAAAUGCUAGACAGAGCGGAAAGCAUUUAUUAUUGGAGCCUGCAUCACAUAUUGCAGAUUGGAUAGAGACUAGAUGAUGAUCUUCACGAUGUUGAUGAUGACUUGCUAGAUAGUCUGAUUGCCUGGAACGAGUGGCCAAGGCAAGGCG